CUGAUGAGUGCAGGGCUGAGGACUCGCUGGCUCUUUCUUCAACAGGCAUUUCCCCAGGUUCAUUCAGGGCUUCACGGAACACUUGCUCCAGGGGCGAAGCCUCCCUCACACGGCUGUGGAAGAUGUCUGUGGCCGGGCUGAAGAAGCAGUUCCACAAAGCCAGUCAGCUGCUCAGUGAGAAGAUCAGCGGGGCGGAGGGGACCAAGCUGGACCAGGAUUUCAUGGAGAUGGAGAGGAAAAUAGAUGUGACCAACAAGUCCGUGUUUGACCUGUUGUCAAAAACCACAGAGUACCUGCAGCCUAACCCAGCGUCUCGAGCCAAACUGAACAUGCUGAACACCGUGUCUAAGAUCCGAGGGCAGGUGAAGACCACCGGGUACCCUCAGGCUGAGGGGCUGCUGGGGGACUGCAUGCUGCGCCACGGACAGGAUCUGGGAGAGGACUCCAUCUUUGGCUGUGCUCUGACCGAUAUGGGGGAGGCCAUGAGGCAGAUGGCAGAUGUGAAGGACUCCCUGGACAUAAGUGUCAAACAAAACUUUAUUGACCCCCUGCAGCAUCUCCAGGACAAGGACCUGAAAGAGAUCACGCACCACCUGAAGAAGCUGGAAGGCCGCCGCUUAGACUUCGACUAUAAGAAGAAACGCCAGGGGAAGAUCCCAGACGAGGACAUCCGGCAGGCGGUGGAGAAGUUUGACGAGAGCAGAGAGCUGGCCGAGAGGAGCAUGUUCCACUUUCUGGAGAACGACGUGGAGCAGGUGAGUCAGCUGGCAGCCCUGAUAGAGGCGGCGCUGCAGUACCACCGGCAGUCGGAGGAGAUCCUGGAGGAGCUCCGUGGGAGGCUGCAGAAGAGGAUAUCCACAGCCAGCAGCCGCAGCAGGAGAGAGUUCAAAUCGAAGUCGAUGAGGAGCAGCGUGGAGGUCAGCAGCCAGCACGACAGCCUGAACUACAGACCCUCACUGAAACCCACCGCCGACAUAAGCUCUGUCCCCCUGUCAUGGCCUGAGAGCCCCACUACCAAUGGCUUUAUUCACCAGCCGGAGCUGCUGGACCAGCCGUGCUGCCGCGCUCUCUACCUCUUCGAGCCGGAGAACCAGGGGGAGCUGGGCUUCAAGGAGGGGGACAUAAUCAUCCUCACCAACCAGAUAGACGAGAACUGGUACGAGGGCAUGAUCCACGGCGAGUCAGGUUUUUUCCCAAUCAGCUACGUGGAGGUCCUUGUCCCCCUGCCUCAGUGAGGGCCCUCAACAGGCAGAGAAAUAAACCAGCUCAACCCAGAGCUGAAAAGGAGUUCUUCAGAUUUUCUGACCCGGGGGUGGGGAGCAGUUUUGUCCAAACAUUGUGUUUAUAUUUAUGAACCUGAAGUCAACUGAAACCUAAGCCAUGAGCGGGAUGCUGCCGGGUGUGUGUUCUGAUCUGAGGAAGAAAUGUCUGGAAGUCGUCGGACCCUGUGAUCCAUCCCAUCAGUCCUGUCUCCUGGCACUGCUUCCUGUUGGGGCCGAUCAGAGUUCCUGUCUGCCUCUCCUCUGCUGGAAAGUUGAGCCUGGGAACAUGGUUACGGGGCUAAGAGAAGUCAGACAGGUUCAGAAACUUUGACAGGCAGACAGUUAGACGGCUGAGUAGAAUACCUGUGUGAGGGGAGGCCUGUAGGGAUGAACCCAGAGACUCACCAUGUGCAGUUCCCCUCUGCUCUAUGUAUAGAUCAUUCCUUCUGGGGGGGCAUAUUUGCAUGUCACAGCAGCAGGACAUGAAUCUCCUACAGGCUACACAGCUAUUAAGCAUAAAAACGACUUUCAGCUUUUUAUUUGGGUUUUAUAAAAUGCAACUCUGUUGACUCGGGUCAGGCUCAGCUCUAAUCGACUCGUCUGCAGGGAGACCGUGGUUUGGGGUUAAGUAUUUUCACAAGGACACAUGUUGGCUGCAGGGGCUGGGGAACGAGCCGCUACAUCUGAUUUUAUCACAUCUUAAAUCACAUGCCUAUUGAGCUACAGACCCCCCCCCCCCUAGCUCCACAAUAAAAAGAUGGACCUUCCUGUCAGAAUUUGGGAGAGAUGUAAAACAAAGCUAACAGGAGAGCUAAUAUCAGGCAGCUGAGGAGUGACUAUAGUCCUCAGUUGCUGCUGAAUGUGUCAGCAGACAGGGGCCACUGUGGGCGUCCACCAAAAGGGGGUUAGCGGGGUCAGCAUAUUGAAGUGUCUUUGGGUUAGAUACAUAACGCCAAGUCUCUCUGUAGCCAUGUCUACGGUAUUAAAGUGUAUGCAGGUUGCUUUGGAUAAAAGCACAAUCUAAAGGACAUGUUAUGUUCCAGCAGCAGGUUGGAGAGUUCUGCCCCCCAGUGGCCUGCUAAAAACUGGAUGAAUACAUGCUGCUUUAAUCAAGCCAAUAGGUUAGCCUCGUAUUUAAACAUUAUGGUUCACAGACACGUUCGGAUGUAACUGAGAGCCACAUUACCUGCACAGUUUUCUGUAGAGUCGAGGAUCAUUAGCACGGUUCAGUUAUACGUAAAAAUGAUAAUAUGGGUUAUGUAACUGCCAGCUUGUUUACGGCCUGAUUGCGUGUGUUUGUGUUUCUUGCCCUGUUGGAGCUCUGAUUUAUAAUAUCAGGUAGAUAUCUGUAGAGCCUGGGUUCAGGGGCCCAUCCUUUGCUGUCCCUUCUGUCCCCAAACAGACUGUUCUUGUCUGCCUGCUGUGCUUUGUCCUCUCUGAAUGUACCUCUACGUUUACAUGCUCUGACUUAUUGACACAAUGUGAGGACUGUACGCCUGCUCUGUGUCCGGUAGGAGGGCUGCUUUGUCUCUGCAACCAGAUGACAUGCUGUAGGAGAAGUUGUCUGAAUUGCACUGAAGCUUUAGAAUCUACCUGCCACACGUGUUUAUCGACAUGCACCUUUUUACUUGUUAAUAUUUAGUUUUUUAUUUUCCUUGGUGUUGCACUUCUUGGACAGGAUAAGAAUAGUUGCCAUAUCCGAUAACGUCAAAGUCCUAGUGGUAGAUUCUCAUGUAUCCUUAUCUAUCAAUCAUUGUGAUGUGGAAUUGAUUUCAUCAAAUCUUAAAUCUGAGGUCUGUGGAUGCAGAUGAUUUCAAUGUUACAUUUGAGGCCAUUUUUUGUCAUUUUAGCAACUUUAGUUCAGUGACUUUUUCCUCACAAAUACGCAUUAAGCAUGUUGUUUUGAUAAACGAUAAAAUAAUGACCUGGUAGUAACAAAGAACCUCUGGUGAGAAGCUACAGGUUUUUACAAUAUCUGCUUCUGGAAUGUUUUGAAGCAUUUUGCAGGAAAAGGAGUUUAAUCAUAGCUCGUGAUCAUCCAAAGUUGAAGCAGAGGUGGUUGGGGUUGAAGUAAAUAAAACUGCUCGUUUGUUCCAAAAACUAAAGAGCAGAGCGGUGUGUAUGGCAGGGAUCAGUAGUGAUGCAACGAGUGUUCUAUGGUCAUACACAGUGUUCAGCUGCCUUUAUUUAUUCAUUCCACUAUUUGCAUACCCACAAUUAAUCAAGCAACUGUUUCCACUUCCAAAGCGUGUGUAUGAGGGAUCUGUCUAAAGAGGUUCUCGAUGGACCAAAUCCUUUAUCUACAUUAUUUAUUGUUUGUGGACCAACUCAACUCGUUUUAAGAUGAUUCUGUUUUCCCAAAGAUUGUAAUUAUUGAUUUGGAUAUGGGAAAGCUCUCAGCACAUGAUGUCAUCUGCAACGUAUUCCAUCAGCAGGUUGGAUCCUGCAGGGACCACGACCAGUGUCUUUAUUUAAAGAUGUAAGGCUGAAUUCAUUAGCCUAUUUCAAACUUUUAUUAUUUUAAUCAUACAUAUUGUCGUGGGACAACAGUAUGAAUAACUGACGUUUGAGACACUCAAACCUGAUGUGUGUCUACAAUGUACCUCUGUUACCUCUGUCUUCACAACCCGCUGCCAGGGUGGGCUGUUCAGCCUGUGUGUUAUUUCAGUAGCAUCAUUUAUGCAAAAGGUGUUUUAUAAAUGUUGUAAAUGAAUAUAUAUUGCGUAAAUAAAUGACAAGCAAAUAUUGA